GUCGGGUUUAUCUCCUUCGGCGUCGUCUCCCGAGCUGCGGUGGUCAGCGAAUCCUUUGACCUGAUCGGCCAACAACUUCGCCGUGUCCAGAAGAGCAUCGUGAGCGCUAAGAACCUGGCGAAAGAUUUGGAGGACAUGGCGUCGACCUUCCAGGCUGUUGUCGAUGACCUCCCUCACACCUGCAAUGCGAUGGUCCCGGGCGCGAAGGAACUGAUGGCAAUGGCCUCCGACAAGGCCAAAGAGAAGCUGCUGGAGAUGAGCGGGAAGGUUGAGGCAUUCUCCAAGGUGGCGAAUGCCGCCGACUUCUCAAUGAGCACUGCCCUGGCACAGGAGUGGACGGUGAAGAUGCUCAUCGUGAUCGUCCCGAUGGUGCCGCUGGUGCUCAUGGCCGUUUGGACCCUGGGUGUUGCGAUCGCCACGAUCAUCUCCUGGCUGCAUUCCAACCCGAAGUAUGCGAAGCGUGCAGACGAUCUGAUCAUCGAGUGCGCGGCACCCUGUACCUGUUGCUUGAUGAUGCUGGCGGUGCUGCUGGCGUCCUCGUACCUUUGGGUGGGGAUCCUCGUCGGUGGCGUUUGCCUGAACUUGGAUGAGCGCGCAGUUAGCCUGAUCCACACAGUGAAUUUCACGGAGCUGUCACAUUUCAAGUUCCACAUCGAUCCGGUCCUGGAAGGCUCGACGAGGUAUUACAUCGAGGGCAGCCAGGAGAAUCCGAUGAUAUCCAUGAUUGAGGACGUCGAGCGAGAUGCAACGGCACUCUAUACCGUCUACACCAAUGCGACGUGGGCAACGACCCCUGCCGAGAUGGUCUGUGAUGGCGUCCGGAACCUCAACGCCUCGGAUGCUCUAGCAGCCUGCACAAG